UGACGCUAACUUCAUCUUUCUGAAUGAAACGUCAUUGUGUUUUAUCAAUCGGAAUAAAUCACGUUAUUUAUUUGCUGGAUAAUUAGUAUGUGACCCAUAACAAAGUUUAUAAUUAAACACCCAGAAAGUUAUAUUCAUUAGAAUUUUGUGACCGGUGGCAGAAAUAACUCAUAAACCAUGCCGCGGAUUAUGAUAAAGGGUGGCGUUUGGCGCAACACCGAGGAUGAAAUCCUUAAAGCGGCGGUAAUGAAAUAUGGGAAAAACCAAUGGUCCCGUAUUGCAUCGCUGCUGCACAGGAAGUCCGCAAAACAAUGCAAAGCUCGUUGGUACGAGUGGCUGGAUCCGAGCAUCAAGAAGACAGAAUGGUCUCGCGAGGAGGACGAGAAGCUGCUGCACUUGGCCAAGCUCAUGCCCACACAAUGGAGGACCAUUGCUCCUAUCAUUGGACGUACAGCAGCACAAUGCCUCGAAAGAUACGAAUAUUUACUCGAUCAAGCUCAAAAGAAGGAAGAAGGGGAGGAUAUGGGUGAUGAUCCCCGCAAGCUAAAGCCAGGAGAAAUAGAUCCCAACCCAGAGACAAAACCAGCCAGACCUGAUCCAAAGGACAUGGAUGAAGAUGAACUUGAAAUGCUGUCAGAAGCCCGAGCUCGUCUUGCCAACACACAAGGGAAAAAGGCAAAGAGGAAGGCCCGUGAAAAGCAGUUGGAGGAGGCACGGAGACUGGCUGCCUUGCAAAAGAGGAGGGAACUGAGUGCUGCGGGCAUUGCUGUCCCAAUCAGGCGAAAGAAGAAGCGUGGUGUUGACUACAACUCUGAGAUACCUUUUGAGAAGAAACCUUCAGCUGGGUUUUAUGAUACGUCUACGGAAGUAGUAGACCCAAUGGCGCCAGAUUUCUCUAGACUGAGACAACAGCAUCUUGAUGGAGAAUUACAAUCAGAAAAGGAAGAGAGAGACAGACGUAAGGACAAGCAGAAGUUAAAACAACGCAAAGAGAAUGAUGUGCCUCAAGCUAUGCUGCAGGGCGACCAGCCGGCGAGGAAGCGUAGCAAACUGGUGCUACCGGAACCACAAGUUACUGAUCAGGAGCUGCAGCAGGUGGUGAAGCUGGGCCGCGCGUCGGAGGCGGCGCGCUCGUGCGCGGGCGGCGCGGGCGCGCCCACGGACGCGCUGCUGGCGCAGUACGCGCUCGCGCCCGCCGCGCCCGCCGCGCUGCGCACGCCGCAGCCGCAUCACGACAGGAUCUUAAUGGAAGCACAGAACGUCAUGGCCCUGACCCACGUGGAUACCCCCCUGAAGGGAGGUCUGAACACUCCAUUGCAUCAGACAGACUUCUCCGGCUCACUGCCGCAGGGACAAGCCGUGGCUACGCCCAACACUGUGCUAGUUACACCAUUCAGAUCUUCACGCAGCGAAGUAUCAACACCGGGCAGCUUUAAUACGCCUAGUCAAGCAGCGGCAACACAGCCAGGACUACUUACACCGGGACUUCGGGACAAGUUGAGCAUCAAUCCUGAAGACAGAAUGAGUACUGGCGAUACUCCUCAAGCCGCAGUUCAAAUACAGAAACAGCAAAAAGCAUCAGUUCGCAACGCUUUAUCGUCGCUACCGACACCUCGCAACGAUUACGAGAUCGUAGUACCGGACCAGGAGGACGAACUCAUGGAGAGCUCUGCAUCAGACGCUCAUGUUGAAGAUCAGGCCGACGCCGACGCUAGGCUGCAACAAGAACAGGAGGAAUUGCGGCUGGCGGCGCUGGCGCGGCGCUCGGCGGCGGUGGUGCGCGGGCUGGCGCGGCCGGCCGAGCUCAACGCGGGCGUGCUGCGCGGCGCCGCGGGGGGCGCGCUGUCCGCGCUGCAGCUCGCCGAGGACCUGCUCAAGCAGGAGAUGCUCACCAUGCUGCACUACGACGCGCUGCGGGACCCGCCGCCCGGUGUCGACAAAAAACGUGCAGUACAGUUACAAGCAUCACACUUAGCGUUCUUGGAACAACAUCCUUACGAGGAGUUCUCAGUGGAAGAGCUAGAUGCUGCUAAGCUUGAGAUGAAGAAGGAGAUGGAGGUAGUGAAGGCGGGCAUGGGCCACGGCGAGCUCAGCAUGGACGCGUACACGCAAGUGUGGGAGGAGUGCCUGGCACAAGUACUUUUCUUACCUGGACAAAAUAGGUACACUCGUGCGAACUUAGCAAGUAAGAAGGACAGAUUGGAAUCAGCUGAGAAACGUUUAGAACAGAAUAGGAGUCACAUGGCCAAAGAAGCAAAGAAAUGUUCUAAAAUGGAGAAGAAACUUAGGGUUUUGACAGGGGGAUAUCAAAGUCGUGCGGCUUCAUUGAUCAAACAGUUCCAAGAGUUGCAGGAUCAAAUAGAGCAGGCCAACUUGGAACUGUCCACUUUCAAGUUCCUCGCCGAGCAAGAAAAGGCAGCCAUUCCACGUAGGAUCGAGUCGUUGACCGAAGACGUUAAUCGGCAAACGGACAGAGAAAAACAACUUCAGAAAAGAUAUGCGGAACUUCAGGCAGAACUCGAGGAUCUCCACAAAGGAAAACAACCCAAAGAAGUAGACGCGAAAGCCUCGGACGAGUAAAUUGUUAUAUUUAUAUAAUACAACAAUAAAUAAUUAUAAUUAAUUCAGGUUUUGUUCAAAAUCAGUCGAAUU